UGAAGACACAAGUGGAUAAAGGUGUUAUGUAACAUUUUUUCAAAAAUGGCUUUUUUGGCUUGAAAUUGACUCUUGGGACUAAUAUUUUCUAUUGAUACUUGAGUUAUUUCAGAAUUGUGAUAAAUAGGCGAGAUUUUCAACGUAUAAAGGUGUUAUGUACCGUAUUUCAGUGAUUUUUCAAUGGAUAAAGGUGUCAAGGUAACAUAACACCUUUAUCAACUAAAAUCCACCUAGAAGGCAGAAGGGUCUAACUGACACAUGACACCCAAAUUUGAGGUUAUGUCAAAUUUGGAAUGAUAUUUUCUCAGUGUGUGUUCGUAAAAAGUGAUCUAAGAGAAUACUUUUAUUGUUGAAAUUCAUUAAGGAAUAUGGAUUCCAGAGGACUGUCUCGAGGAAAACGCAUAUUGUCCUUGCUUGAUAAGCAACCGGAACAAAAAAAUAAUAAAGAAAUAGAGACUUCGUGCGACAAUAUUCCCAGACAUAUUCCAGAGUUAUUAACAUAUUCGACGGUUAAGAUGAUGUUCGUGAUACCUCGAAUCUACAUUUUUAUGUAAGCAAAAAUUCCCUGCUAUUUAACAGUGUCAAGAUUCAACCUGUUAAAAGACUUAGGACUGACGCAAGAAACAACAAAAAUUUCACAUUCAAGUAUUCAGUUGCUUUCAAUAAAAAGACUGAAUUCAUAUGUCGAGAUGCGAUGUGUUGUCUAUACCAGUUUAGCAGAAAAAAAAUUGAAAUAAUACAAAGGAUGUUAAAAAAAGGUCAGAAUGCACCAUCACCUGAUAAGAGAGGUCGACAUGGUAAUAGGCCACAUAGGAUCAGUGAGGAAGUUGUGACUCAUAUCAUUAAUCACAUAAAAAAAAUUCCAGCAGAAGAGUCACACUAUUCACGCAACAAGAACUGCCAUAAAAAAUAUUUAUCGCCACUUCUUAAUAUAACAGAAAUGUACAAAAUGUAUCUCAAAGAACUGUGAAGAAAACAAUCUUGGAGAGUCGUUUAAAGUAAAACUUUCGUCUUAUGCCUAUAUAUUUUCAAAUAAGUUCAAUUUAUCAAUUGGGUUCCCACGCAGCGAUACAUGCAGCGUCUGUGAUCCUCGCCAGAGCUCUGAAGAUCACAUCGAAAAUUAUCAUGCUGCCUUUGAUGCUCAAAGGCGAGACAGAGAAAAACCAGCACAUCAAAAAAAAACACCUGCUUACCAUGGACCUACAGCAGACUAUACCUCUACCAAAGCUGUCAACCAGCAAAGCUUUCUAUUUACGCCAGAUGUGGUUCUAUAACUUUGGGAUUCAUUGUGUUACUCCUGAUGGACAGAAACCUUUUUUCUUUAAUUGGACUGAAGACGUGGCAAAUAGGGGAAGUCUGGAAGUAGCAAGUUGUUUGUAUAGAUUCUGCACACUGCUUAAAGAGGAAUAUGAAAUCGAUCACCUGAUUAUUUGGUCGGACUCAUGUGCCGGCCAAAAUAAAAAUUUUACACUGAUCUGUCUUUAUCAGAUUUUAAUUUUAAAUGGAACAUUUAAAAGAAUUGAUCAUAAGUUUCCGGAAGUAGGACACAGCUACUUGGAUUCCGACCGAAAUUUUGGGAGGAUAGAAAAGAAGCUGAGGAAACAUGAGAAUAUCUAUGUCCCAGAACAAUACCGUGACAUUAUCAAGGCUGCAAGUGCUAGAAAUUCUGUAUGUGUGAACAUGGAAAACUACUAUUUAGAGUUUGAUAAACUACCUGAGAUGUUGCAUCUAUUCAACAAGAAAAAAAACGAAUUAAAUGAAAAAGUGAACUUCAGGGAUAAUAUCAAGUGUCUUAGAGCCUGGCAGUUAUUUGUAUAAGGAGAAUCUCGACGAAAUGUCGCCUUUUCACAAAGUACAACUAGUAAAAAAGGGAGGCCGAAUGGUGAGUAAAGGACAGAUUAAAGUUGAAAGAAUCAUGGAGAAAAGGGGUCGACUCACAUCUGAAAAAAUGUCAAACUUGCGAGAGCAACUCGUAUUUAUCAAGGACGAAUACAAGUGGUUUUAUGAACGUAUUUUGCAAGACAAUGAAGAAAAUCCAAAGAAAAAGAGAAGAACUACUUAAGACUAUUAAACAUAGGAACUUAUAAAUGACAAUAUUGUAUGUUAAGUGCCAAAAAUAAAAAUAUUUUGUGACCUGACGCUUUCUUUUCUUUAAAGACAUAUAUUUUGCUUUACAGUUCUCGGUGAAUAAAGGUGUCAUGUACAUUCAAAUCAAAUUUUUCCAUCUAAAUUAAAACUCUACAAACUUUCUACAUAAUCCUAAAAAAUUGUAUCAUAAUGAUCGACGAUAUGCGCAUAAUGAAUAUUUGAAUUUUUUUUUAAAUAAAAAGUUCCGAUUCACAAAC